UAAAAUAUAUUAAUAUUUACAUAAAUUAUAAUAAUUAAAAUUAAAACCAUUAAAAAUGGCGAGAUCGGGUGAUAGUAAUGAAGACCACAUAACAAGACUAGUAGAUAAUGAAUCGUAUAAUACCUGGAAGUUCGAGAUCAAAAUAAUACUAAAAGCCAAAGGAUUAUUUGAAAUAAUAACAAGCAAUAAUUGAAAAAAGAUGGCGACUGGGAAAGAAAAGAUGCUGAAGCUCAGGCUGUUAUAAUUACAUCUAUUGAUAAAAAAACAUGUACAACACUUAUUAAAUAAUGAAACACUUAUUAAAAAGAUAUGUUCGACAAUCUUUGUAGUUUAUAUGAUGGUUCAGAAGAAGAAGAACGUAAUAAUGAGUAACUUAGGCUACUUUUAUUUUACAAAAAAUAAAGUUAAUUCCCACGCGGACGAAGGAAGUCGUGAGUACAGCUAGUAGUCAAAUAAAACAUAAAUCCAUGUAGUUCUCAAGUAUAACAAAGCAACUUUAAACCAUCUGUGAAACUACAAUACUCUGUGCUCAGUUUGCUUCUCAAUUUAGUUCUCUGUCUCUACAGAACGCAAGAUGUUGCGGUUCCUCAGUAGAAGAGGAAGAUCUUCGAGCCAGAACCGUAACAAACAAGGUCAGAAGACUUUAAUAAAUAAAAACCUUAUACAAUGCAAGGUCAUGUUGCUUGAUGAUACUGAUUUAUCUAUAAAUUUAUCAAAAAAAGCUAGUGCUGGAGAUCUCUAUGAACAAGUCUUUUAUUCAUUAGAUUUGAUAGAAAAAGAUUAUUUUGGCUUGCAGUUCACUGACACAAAUAAUGUCAAACAUUGGCUUGAUCCAACAAAAACUAUUAAAAAACAAGUAAAAAUUGGACCCCCAUAUACUUUAAGAUUAAAAGUAAAAUUUUAUUCUUCUGAACCCAAUAAUCUACGUGAAGAAUUGACUAGAUAUCAAUUCUUUUUGCAAUUGAAAAAAGACAUUCUUGAAAGUAAAUUGGAGUGUCCUCACUCAACUGCUGUUGAGUUAGCUGCUUUAGCUUUACAGUCAGAGCUGGGCGAUUUUGAUGAAAGUAUCCAUACACCAGCAACUGUGUCUGAGUUCAGAUUUGUACCAAACCAAACCGAGGAAAUGGAGAUUGAAAUUUUGGAGGAGUAUAAGAAAUAUAAAGGCCUUACUCCAGCACAAGCUGAAGUAAAUUAUCUAAAUAAAGCUAAGUGGCUUGAAAUGUAUGGUGUUGACAUGCAUAUUGUUUUGGGCAAAGACGGAUGUGAAUAUCAUUUGGGAUUGACGCCAACUGGUAUAUUAGUGUUUGAAGGCCCUCAAAAAAUAGGUCUCUUUUUCUGGCCGAAAAUAAGCAAAUUAGAUUUUAAAAAGAAGAAAUUGACCCUGGUGGUUGUUGAAGAUGAUGAUCAAGGUCGGGAACAAGAGCACACUUUUGUUUUCCGUUUACAUAAUGAAAAAGCUUGCAAACACUUAUGGAAAUGUGCUGUUGAACAUCACACUUUCUUCCGCUUGCGAGCACCAGUUAAAGGACCAUCAGCUAGACAAAACUUCUUUAGAAUGGGAUCACGAUUUCAAUAUUCUGGAAAAACUGAAUAUCAAACUACUCAGCAAAAUCGUGCUAGACGUACUGUGCAAUUUGAAAGACGACCAAGUCAACGUUUUGCUCGACGGCAAAGCCAUGUAUUAAGAGAACGUGAAAAGCAAAAUAAUUCAAAAACUGAGACAAAUUCUCCACCUGAGGCACCGAGUGAAAUUCCUAGCACGUCAGCUGAAGUACCUGAUAUUAACGCUGACACCUUAUCGAGAAAGAGUAGUGCAAAAUCACAAAGAUCAUCUGUAGUGGAAAGUGAAGUAAAAGUACUCGAGGUUGGUGAACCAUCAACAAAAAAUGUUAUCAAUGAUGAACCUUCUGAAGAAGUAUUAGUGUCUAAAGAUGAUGCCAUAAGCAAUAAAGUAUUAUUUAAAGUUGAAAAGGCUGCAGUAGAAGAAAAGAGAAAUAAUCUAACUCAAUUAGUUCUUAAUAAAACACCAUGUAGUUGUUCACCUGUUACGGAAUCGAAUCCACUCAAUGAUCUUCUUAUGAGUUUAGUUAAAGAAAAAUUAAAUAGUGAUGAUUCUAAAAAUGAAGUGAAACGAGAUCAGUUGGAUUCUGUUAGUGACAUGGAAGUACCUAACAAUCAAGCAAAAUGCUACUUGUCGUCAACUAAAGCUCUUCCUCCUGGUCAAUUAAAAUGUAAUAAUAUACUGAAGGCUCGAGAAAACGAAGUAAAGAUAAUCAAUGAAUCUACAAAUAUUAAUGUUCCUGUUCCAUCUACGCCAUCACCAAAAAUUUUGAACGAACCGUUAGCUUCAAACCCUAUAAAUUCUCAGUAUGUAUCGAUUGUUGUAGUUGAACCGCCACUUACUCAAACAAAACUAGCAUCUCCAAAACCUGUGGAGAGAAAGGAAGAUACAACACCGAAAUCGCAACCUAUAUCGUCUUUAUCGCCGUGGCUUGUAACUUCCGAACCAAGCUCUCCAUCUGGUAUUGGAGAAAAAGAAAUUACAAUCAUUCAUCGCAAAUCUGUUAUUACAACGCAACUUUAGCUUUGUUUUAGUAAAAUAAUUGUACUUAAACGAGUAUAUGAAUACUAAUAUUAUUAUAUUGUUCUGAUAAACAUCUUGUAUUUUGGACAAGGUUUACAGUUAAUUGCAAAUUUUAUCUUAAAUUUCCAUAAGCUCGAUAAAAAUACUCAAAUGUACUUUUUGUCCAAUAAAUUUAUAUUGGAUUAGUACUAUUAACUGUACUUGCUGUAUUCAUGAUUUCGAUAAAUAUAUAUAAGAUGGGUUUAAUAUUUACGAAUAAGGAUAUAUUAUGAUGGGAGGUAUUAGCAUAAAUUGCAAUACCAGCCAUUGUUCAUGGCUGGUAUUGCAAUUUAUAAGAACAUUUUUUAUGAUAGGUCCAUAUAUAAUACCUUUUUUUCACCGUUAUCUGUUGGUAACAUACUACGCUCUGAAGUCUAUAUAGGACUUAUAAUUUCGCUUUGAAGUUUCGUAAGAAACCUAAAGUGAGAUGAAUCAAAUGCGAUUGGAAAGUUUUCAUUAUAAUGUUAGAUAUUUCAUAGGGAUAACCUGUAAUUAAUAUAUUAUUCAAUUAUUUUUUAUAAUUAAUUUUUCUAUUUUACAACAAGAACUUUAGUAUUAGAUAAUUACGAAUAGUAUUUCUAUGUGAGUGGACCAACUCAAAACUACUAUUACAAAACAUCUUCUGUAAUAAAUUUGGACAUUAAAUAUUAUACUACUUUGACAUUGAUAUAAAAUUAAUCUUUUUUAGUUUUGAUAAAUGUACAUCUCUUUUAAAAUACACUGUCAUUGAUAUGACGCAUGAAUUUAUGUAACUUGAUCGUAAUGUCCAGAUAACUUAUUACACAUGGCAAUUCACAGUAGAACUGUUAGGUUUCUAGACUAAUACAAACGGUGAUUAUGCAAAUAAUGGCUAUAU